AUGUGUGAGGAACAAGUUGCUCAUUUUGCUCCAACCAUGUGUAUGUUUCUGUUGAGCAUUCUUUUUGUCUUAUUUAAAGCUUCGUAUUGCACAGUUCCUCAAAUGAUCAUAAUACAAGGCAGAAUUGAUGAAAAUUCAGAAAGCGCGUGCGUACCAUUUUAUGUCGAAGACAAAGAAUUCAAUAGUUGCGUAGCGUCUUGUGGGAACAGUGAAACUUGUGUGGCUAUUAAAUACAAGAGGGAAUGUAAUCAUUGCCAUAAGGCAGUUCUUAUUCCAGACUGCAAAGGUAUGAAAAUGGCUUAUAAGAAUACCGGAGAAAAUAUCCUUUGUCCAAAUGUGGAAAUGUAUUUGGAAUACGCACCAGAAAAAAAUGUUUCGGAUUAUGAUUCGAUGGUUCAAACUGAAGCAGUGCUGCAAAAUGAUUUUGCACAAGAGAUAUCAUCUACAAUCACAACAGACCCUUCAACCACUACACGCCAAAAACAAUGUCCAGACAAAAGAUUUACCAUUUUCGAUGAAAAUUGGUGUUUUCUGAUAGUUUUUAAUAGUGUCAUAAACUCGGAAGAAAAAGCUAAAAUCUUGUGCAACAACUCCAAUGCUCAAUUAAGUGGUCCAGAGACUGACGAAGAGUUGGUGGCCAUAAUGAAUUCAACAAUAGAUUAUAUUACUAGUGAACAUCAAGGAAAUGAUUUUGCCCUUUGGGUUGAUGGAAUCAUUUCCUGGCCUGUAAAGUUUAAUGUCAUCCAUGUUCUAAAAACAUUUGGAAGUUAUAUAACUUCUUCCGAUCCUCACUUGGUCAAGAAGUCGGGCUACCAUUUUCUGAAUGAGGACGCAUACAGUUUGAUGAAAUUACCUGAUUUAGGAAAUAAUAGGUUUUGCCUUCAACUCACAAAUGGGCGUGCAGAACUAGGAACGAUUUCAAUUGUAAAUUGCUCGUUUCCCAUCUCCAAUAAAUUGGCUCAAGUUGGAGUUGUGUGUGGAACUAAGGCAACUUGA